GACUGCUGGAGCAGCUUGCCAUGGCUUGGAGAGGCUGUUUUAGGUUGGGGGUCCGGCUGCGGGGUCCUGGGCCGAAGCAAGCCUGGGGGCGCAGAGGGGUUGCCUCCUGCAUAGACCCUGCUGUGGGUCUGACGGAAGAACAGAAGGAGUUUCAAAAAGUGGCCUUCGACUUUGCUGCCAGAGAGAUGGCCCCGCACAUGGCAGAGUGGGACGAAAAGGAACUGUUCCCCGUGGAAACUCUCCGGAAAGCAGCCCAGCUGGGUUUUGGGGGCAUCUACGUGAAGCCAGACGUGGGGGGCUCUGGACUGUCUCGGCUCGACACCUCCAUCAUCUUUGAGGCUCUGUCAACAGGCUGCGUCAGCACCACGGCUUACCUCAGCAUCCACAACAUGUGCGCUUGGAUGAUCGACACCUUCGGGAACGAGGAACAGAGACGUAGGUUCUGCCCUUCCCUUUGCAGCAUGGAAAAGUUUGCCUCCUACUGCUUGACAGAGCCAGGAAGUGGGAGCGAUGCUGCUUCGUUGCUCACUUCGGCCAAGAAGCAUGGCAACGUGUACGUCCUCAAUGGCUCCAAGGCUUUCAUCAGCGGUGGUGGCGACACUGACCUGUACGUGGUGAUGUGCCGUACCAGCGGGCCAGGUCCUAAGGGCAUCUCCUGCCUGGUGCUGGAGAAAGGCACCCCUGGGCUGAGCUUUGGCAAAAAGGAGAAGAAAGUGGGCUGGAACUCGCAACCGACGCGGGCUGUCAUGUUCGAAGACUGCGCCGUUCCGGUAGCCAACCAGCUGGGAGGGGACGGGCAGGGCUUCAACAUCGCCAUGCAGGGCCUCAACGGGGGCAGAAUUAACAUUGCGUCCUGUUCCUUGGGGGCUGCCCACGCCUCGAUCCUCCUGGCUCAGGAGCAUCUUAACAUCCGCAAGCAGUUUGGGGAGCCCUUAGCUACCAAUCAGUACCUCCAGUUCCAGCUGGCUCAGAUGGCAACGCGCUUGGUGGCAGCCCGUCUGAUGGUGCGUAACGCUGCCCGGGCCCUGCAGGAGCAGCGGAACGAUGCUGUAGCUCUGUGCUCCAUGGCCAAGCUCUUUGCUACCGACGAGUGCUUUGCGAUCUGCAAUCAAGCUCUGCAGAUGCACGGAGGCUACGGCUACCUGAAGGAUUAUGCUGUGCAACAGUUUGUGCGAGACAUCCGGGUGCACCAGAUUCUGGAAGGGACCAACGAAAUCAUGAAGAUGAUCAUAGCCAGAAGUCUGCUACAGGCAUAAGAGUCCGGAGCCUGUCAUCAACCAGUGUGUUCCAGCUGCUACAAGGUGACAGCAGGCUGGGAAUUUGAGACGGGGCCAAAUUUUCCCAGCCCGGCUCCUUAAACCUAGCUUUUGUGAUGGGCACAGCCUGGCAGGGCUGCCAAGGCAUGGCUAGGGCAGGGUGGUCUCAAUGGAGCCUUUUGUCCUUGGAAUGCCAAUGUUGACCCUCUGCGGCUGAAUCCCAGCACGAGUGCAAAUUCCUCCGCGUUGGAGCCCUGCAUCAGGCUUCAUCGUGAUGGGUUCCCGUAUCCCAGCUUCUCCUGGGAAGAACUGGAUCCAUUCUGGAUUGAGCCUAGGCUGGGGAUCCUGUUCGUGUUCUUAUUGAAACAUACCUCUCUCCAGAGAAAGGGGUUUGUUUUCCCCAAAGAAAACAAAAAUCUCUUUUUUCAGUCAAGGGACAGAACAGGGAGAGAAAACCUUGCAACGCACCUAGAAAGUCACUCCCCAUUCUCAGCACUGAUGGUGGGAACCCAAUUUUUAAUUUUUUGCCACUGUGUUAGUUGGCAACAGAAAAGCCUGUUCCCGGGGAACGGGAUUAAAGACGACCGUUUCCCUUAAGCCAGUAGCUUAAGUGGGACUGCUGAUUAUUUCCUUCUCUUCCUAAUAUUGGAAUCAAUAAACGCAUCGUGAUUUCU